AUGAUUGGAUCAAAUAUAAAUCAUAAUAAUUAUCAUCAUCAUAAUCAUAGCCAUCUUCAUCAUUCAAAUCAUGGCUAUCAUCAUCAUCAACAGCAGCAACAACAACAACAACUACCACAACAACAACAACACCAUCAUAAUAUUCAUCAAUCGAUAGGGCCACAACCGCCACUACCACCAACACAUUCGUCAAACAAUAUUCUAUAUCAACAACAAUCAACAAAUCAUGGAAUAAAUACAGGAAAAUCCGUAUCAACAAUGUUGAUGAAUAAUGAUCAUCAAUCAUCAUCAUCAUCAUCAUCAUCGACAACAACAACAUUAUUGAAUGCUGUAAAUCGUCAACAGUUAAUAAAACGUGUACUUGAAACUGGUGCUGGUGGUGGUGGUGGUAGUGGUUCAGAGGCUUCAAUUACAAUAAUUAAGGAUAAAUUAAAAACUGGAACAGAAAUGGAAACAUCAUCAUCUCAUUAUACUCAUCAUCAUCAUAAUAAUAAUAAAGUACAACAACAACAACAACAACAUUCUCAUCAUCCAAUUGUGAUUGAUCAACAACGUAUACAACAACAACAACAGCAACAGCAAUAUUCGCAUAAAGUGAUUAAUAAAAAAUCGAUAUCAUCAUCAUCAUCAACAACAUCAUCAUCAUCCGCAGCAGCAGCAGCAGCAUCAGCAUCAACAAUGAUGAUGAUGAUGACAACGACAUCAAUGUUUAAAUGUUCAGAUGUACAAAGUUUAUAUAGUGGUGCCACAAGUGAAAAAAGUGCAUCAAGUUCCGUACGUUCUGAUAGUCCGAUCGUUAUGGUUAAUGGUGGUUGUAAUAAUGCCUUAAAUGCUACUGGUGGUGGUCAUCAUCCAAUUUUCAGUAAUCAUCAUCAUCAUAAUUCCCAUCAACAACGAAGCAACAGUAAUGGUAGCAUAAAUCAAAUGUCACUUGAUUCUAUCUGUCAUUCAUCUGGUGGAUCAUCAUCAUCCGGUAUUUGUGGAACAACUGGUCCUGGACCACCGCCACCACCACCACCACCUCUACAAUCACUGCCGCCACUACUAGCUCCUCCAUUAUCAACAAUACAAUCAACGAACAAGAAACAAGAACAACAGACAUUGUCUAAUUCUGUUGCUACAUCGGCAACACAAUAUCAUAGGCUACAACAACAACAACAACAAUUUUCAACGAAUCGUACAAAUUCAUCCAGUAAAACGCAAUCAUUAGCCAAUGGUAUGAUGACAAAUACAGCAGGAACCACCUAUACACAUCGUGUAUUAUCACCAACUAAUUUAUCAUCUGCAACACCACCAUCAUCUUUAUCGCAAUUGUCGUCUACUUCGUCUUCGUUUAGGCCUACAGAUCCGUUGCCGCCACCACCAUUGCCGCCACAUCGACCGACAACAAUGAAUACAUCGGAACCGAUUCCAUCAUCAAAAGUGAAUGAAAAUAAUUUGAUGCAGAUAAAAAAUUAUAUCACAAAUCAGAUGGCCGGAUCAUCAUCAGGUUCGAACAUUGUAAUGUCACCGAAGAAUCAAAUUAUAGCCUCAACGACAUCUUCAACGACGACGACGACAACGACAACGACAACCAAUAGUACAACACCAUACAUGGUACAAUGUCGACCGAAUGCAUUCAGUUAUGCAUCAUCGGCAACAUCAUCAUCGCCACAACGUGGUGCAAGUCCUAUUUCAUUUUCUAAUUCUCGAUUUACAGCUGCACCAGCAAAUGUAACAUUCAAUUCGAUUCUGGGUGGAACCAUCAAUUCAUCCGCUACAUCAUCAUCAUCGUCAGCUCAAGCAAACUUGAACAAUUCAACAACCGGUCUUGUUUCUCAAGUGACACAAAAAUUACAUAAUCUAAAUAUGAAUCAAAUAGCCACGGGCAGUACGAAUAGUUUAUUAUCGGCUUAUUCUGGUCAAAGCUUUGCACAUAGUCCACCACCAUCGUAUGCAGCAUCAAGUAGUUCCGGUCGGCAAUCACCAACACCAACAAUUAGUUCAAGUUCUGAUUAUGCAUCAAUACCGGUUGUAUUACUGCCACCAAAAAUGCAUCGACAAGGCCUUCAUCAAUCAUCACAACAAUUGCAACAACAAAAUCAAUCCAAUUAUAACAAUCAUCGUAAAUUAUCAUCACCAAUAUCAUCAACAUCAUCGAUAAGUCUGCAUACACAAUCGUCGACAUCAUCAUCGACGACGACGACGACGAAUUUGCGAAGAGUACAGCCAUUACCUCCACAAUCACAACAACUUCCGUUGGCUGGUGGUAGUGGUUGUAAUAUGCCAUCGGAAACAUCAAUUUCGACACCUAAACAUUCGUUGCAGCCAUGGUCAGCUAGACAAGCAAUCUCUCAAUCACCAAUCAUAAUGCAAUCGGUUAAAUCACAACAGGUUCAGAAACCGAUAUUACAAACAGCUGUGGCACCUACAUUACCACCAAUCAAUGUUAAAUUAUCGAUAGCAUCAUCACAAUCACCAUCGAUGGCAAUAUCGACUGUAAUGUGUAUGAAUCAGAAAACAGCACCAACAGGUAUAGCGACACAACCAAAAGCUCCAUUAACAUCACCACCAUCACCUUCAUCAUGUGGUUCGGCUCAUGCUACACCUGCCUAUACAGCAUCCUGUUCUUCAGUAUCACCAGCAUCAAUGUCAUCAUUAUCGACAAGCAAGAAUCCACCUCCCUAUCCAAGUGGAUCAAUUUCUUCUGGUCCGAUGUCUAAUGUAAACCCACCCCUACUGCCACCACCACCACCACCACCACCACCAUCAUCAUCAUCUUCCUCGUCAUCUGGUCAUCAUCCACAAUCAUUAACGGUGGCAAACAAAUCAGAAACAGGAUAUCAUGCGGCUCCACCACCACCAUAUUCUUCAGCAGUACAACAACAGAAUCAGAAUCGAAUGGCUGCCAUAUCAUUUUCUAACACUAAAUUAAUGCUAUCCACACAAAGUUUAGAUUCACAAACACAAAGUUCAGAUAUGUCAUGCAAAUCGCCUACACCGCCACCACCACCCCCACCACCAACACUUUCAUCAACAGCGUCCGCGACAACAUCAGCUGCUGCUGUUACGGCACCGCCACCACCACCACCUCCACCAUAUUCGAUGACAUUAUCGGUUAGCCAGAAUGAUUCAAUUGCACAAAUAAUAUCCGGUCUUAGUAAUACUCCUGUUCCAGUAGCCAGUACUGGUAGUGCUAAUGGUGGUAAUAAUGUUUCCACUAUACAAGUUCCAACAACCGAUCCACCAAGCUAUGCAUCAUCAAUGGCAGCAUUAGCUGCUCAACGUGCCAUUGUCAUCUCACCAAGUGUUGGCUAUAAUAAUGCUAAUAGUAAUGCCACCACUAUCAAUGGUGCAAAUUCAUCUUCCACUUAUGUUCAAUCAAUAACUGCCAAUAAUGUGGCUACAACCACAACAAGUGACAAUCUUCAUAAUAAUUCAUCUCAAAACUGUGAUCUUGUCAAUACGGUUGAAAGUAUUUGUACAUCACAGAUUAGUGCAUUACAGGGCGGUAUUACAUUAUCAUCAUCAUCAUCAUCUCCAUCAUCAUCAUCAUUACCUACUACAGCAUCAUCGGCAUCAUCCGUUUCAGCUACCAAUCGACGUAUUGGUUUGAUUCUUCCGCCACCAUCCAAUCAUGAAUCCAAUGUGCCUGGACCACCAUUACCACCGAAACCAAAUAGUAUUAAUACUCAUGCUAAUCAUUCACAGCCAUCAUUGCCUCCAAUACCGCCACCACCAAUACCACCACCACCACCACCAUCAAUCAGAGAGAACAAUGCCAAUUCGACGACCAUUAUGAAUAAUAAUUGUGAAACCUGUCAACAGCAAUCAAGUGGUGCUGAUGUUGACGGUGGUAACAUUUGUGACCUUUAUAAACAAUGUAAUGAUGACCACAAUGCUGAUAGUUAUGACAUUGGUAGUAAUGAUGGUAGUCGUGAUGUAUUUGAAGAAACAGAAGAUGGUACGAAAAAACGUACACAUCAAUCACCGAUUCCAACACGUAAAAAUUUAUCCAAAGCCAAAGAGAAAGAACGACGUGAAUUUAAAGUACGUAAUUAUUCACCUGCUGCAUUCAAGUUUUAUAUGGAACAACAUGUGGAAAAUGUGAUAAAAUCCCAACAACAACGUGAAAAACGUCGUGAACAAUUGGAAUCAGAAAUGAAAAAAGCAUGUCUAUCGGAAGAAGAUCAACUUGGCCUACGUCAGAUGUUGUAUCAGAAAGAAUCCAAUUAUAUCCGAUUAAGGCGUGCAAAAAUGGAUCGUUCAAUGUUUUCGAAAAUCAAAACAAUCGGUGUCGGUGCAUUCGGCGAAGUGGCACUUGUUCGUAAAUUGGAUGCCAACGUUCUUUAUGCAAUGAAAACAUUACGUAAAGAUGAUGUACUGAAACGUAAUCAAGUGGCACACGUGAAAGCUGAACGUGAUAUAUUGGCUGAAGCUGAUUGUGAAUGGGUUGUAAAACUGUAUUAUUCAUUUCAAGAUGAAAAACAUCUCUAUUUUGUUAUGGAUUACAUUCCUGGUGGUGAUCUUAUGUCAUUGCUCAUUAAAUUGAAUAUCUUUGAUGAACCAUUAGCCAGGUUUUACAUUGCUGAAUUAGUAUUGGCCGUAGAAAGUGUACAUAAAAUGGGUUUCAUUCAUCGUGAUAUUAAACCAGAUAAUGUUCUUAUCGAUAAAGAUGGUCAUAUUAAAUUAACAGAUUUUGGUCUCUGUACUGGAUUUCGUUGGACACAUAAUUCCCGUUAUUAUCAUGAUCGUGUUGAUUCAAUGGAUCUGAAUGAAGCAAGACAAAUUAGUUCAUAUGAUUGUAAUUGUAAACAGACAAACAAACCAUUGGAACGUAGAAAACGUCGUGAACAUCAACGUUGUUUAGCACAUUCAUUGGUUGGUACACCAAAUUAUAUUGCGCCAGAAGUAUUGGCAAAAAAUGGUUACACACAAUUAUGUGAUUGGUGGAGUGUCGGAGUGAUUCUAUAUGAAAUGGUUAUCGGUAGGCCACCAUUCUAUGAUAGUACACCUGAAGAUACUCAAUUAAGGGUGAUACAAUGGCGUAAAUAUCUUCAUAUACCGACACAUAUAUUGAAUAAAAAACUUUCAGAUGAAGUAAUCAAAUUGAUACGUGAAUUAUGCUGUGAUCAAAGUGAACGUCUUGGACGUAAUGGUGCCGAAGAAAUAAAAAGACAUCCAUUUUUUCGUGAAAUUAAUUUCAAUGAAAAUCUUCGUGAACAACCAGCACCACAUGUGCCAACAAUACUAAAUGAUCUUGAUACAUCGAAUUUUGAUCCAGUUAGUCCAGAUCGUUUACCAUCAAUAGAAUCCGAUGAUGUUAUCACAAUGAAUUGUUAUAAUGAAUUUGGUGAUAAAAUAGCAGCCAAUACACCACAAGCUAACAAUAUGGAACAACGUAAUAACAACAAUGGCAACAACAACAACAACAAUAACAAAACAAAAUCAUCACAUCCUGAUCAUGCAUUUUUUGAAUUUACAUUUCGAAGAUUUUUCGAUGCAAAUGAACCAUUUCGUUUGAGUAAUAAUGAUAGUGGUCAUUACAAUCACCAUCCCCAUCACCACCACCACCACCAUCAUCAUCAUCAUCAUCAUCAUCAAAUCGAUGGUGUUCAAUCGAAUCAUUCAUCACCAAGAAAUGGUGCUAAUGCUAUCUAUAAUGCAGCAACUGGUUGUGGUGGUUCGACCAUUGAUUCAAAUACAAGCGAAACGGCUAGCCUUACAUCAAAUGGUGAUUAUGAAGAUGUUAUGAUGAUUAAUAGUAGUAAUAAUAAUACUGUAAAUAAUAAUGAAACAAAUAUCUCAUCAUCGGCCGCAUCAUCUCCUAUAUCUAAUGUAGCCGAACCGCAGCAAAAGCAACAACAACAGCAACAAUCAUCACCAAAUAAUAAUCAUGAUUUGGUGGGUGGUAAAGAUCGUGAAAAACUUCAUCAUCAUAAUAAUAAUAAUAAUAGUACAAAUGCAAACGAUGAACAGGGUAAUAAUCCUGUAUUUGUUUGAUACAAACAAAAUGAAAAUGAAACGCAUUCAUCAUCAUCAUUAUCGAUCUCGUUGUCAAAAAUGAUUCUCAUUCAUGGAAAUACAAGCCAAUCAAAUAAUUUCGUCGUCACCUGGGCAAAAACAGAAUCAAAAAAUCUUUCGCUUCUUCAUUUCAUUUUUUUU